CGGCCCAGCCUGGCAGAGCUCCACGAUGAGCUGGAAAAGGAACCUUUUGAGGAUGGCUUUGCAAAUGGAGAAGAAAGUACUCCAACCAGGGAUGCUGUAGUUACAUACACUGCCGAGAGUAAAGGAGUUGUAAAGUUUGGCUGGAUCAAAGGCGUAUUAGUACGUUGUAUGUUAAACAUUUGGGGUGUGAUGCUCUUUAUUAGAUUGUCAUGGAUUGUGGGUCAAGCUGGAAUAGGUCUCUCCGUCCUUGUAAUAGCGAUGGCCACUGUCGUGACAACUAUCACAGGAUUGUCUACUUCAGCAAUAGCUACCAAUGGGUUUGUAAGAGGAGGAGGAGCAUAUUAUUUAAUCUCUAGAAGUCUAGGGCCAGAAUUUGGUGGUGCCAUUGGCUUAAUCUUUGCCUUUGCCAAUGCAGUGGCAGUUGCUAUGUAUGUUGUUGGAUUUGCAGAAACUGUGGUGGAUCUGCUUAAGGACCAUUCCAUACUUAUGAUAGAUGAGAUCAAUGAUAUCCGAAUUAUUGGAGCCAUUACAGUAGUGAUUCUUCUGGGUAUCUCAGUAGCUGGAAUGGAGUGGGAAGCAAAGGCUCAGAUUGUCCUCCUGGUGAUCCUUCUGCUGGCCAUCGCUGACUUUGUCAUAGGAACAUUUAUCUCACUGGAGAGCAAGAAGCCCAAGGGGUUCUUUGGCUAUAAAACUGAAAUAUUUACUGAGAACUUUGGACCAGAUUUCCGGGGAGAAGAAACUUUCUUUUCUGUAUUUGCCAUCUUUUUCCCUGCUGCAACCGGUAUUCUAGCUGGAGCAAAUAUCUCAGGUGAUCUUGCAGAUCCUCAGUCAGCCAUACCCAAAGGAACACUCUUAGCCAUUUUAAUUACUACAGUGGUUUACAUAGGAAUUGCAGUGUCCGUAGGUUCUUGUGUUGUUCGGGAUGCCACUGGGAAUGUUAAUGAUACCAUUACAACAGAGCUAACAAACUGUACUUCUGCAGCCUGCCAAUUAAACUUUGACUUUUCCUAUUGUGAAAGCAAGACUUGUGAUUAUGGGCUAAUGAACAACUUUCAGGUGAUGAGCAUGGUGUCAGGGUUUGCACCCUUAAUCUCGGCAGGUAUCUUUUCAGCCACACUUUCGUCAGCACUAGCCUCUCUAGUGAGUGCUCCCAAAAUAUUUCAGGCACUAUGUAAGGACAAUAUCUAUCCAGCUUUCCAGAUGUUUGCUAAAGGUUAUGGGAAAAAUAAUGAACCUCUUCGUGGUUACAUCUUAACAUUCUUAAUUGCACUUGGAUUCAUCCUAAUUGCUGAAUUGAAUGUUAUUGCUCCAAUUAUCUCUAAUUUCUUCCUUGCAUCAUAUGCGUUAAUCAAUUUUUCAGUAUUCCAUGCAUCACUUGCAAAAUCUCCAGGAUGGCGUCCUGCUGCAUUCAAAUAUUACAACAUGUGGAUAUCUCUUAUUGGAGCAAUUCUUUGUUGCAUAGUGAUGUUUGUCAUUAACUGGUGGGCUGCCUUGCUCACAUAUGUGAUAGUUCUUGGACUCUACAUUUAUGUCACCUACAAAAAGCCAGAUGUGAACUGGGGGUCCUCCACACAAGCCCUGACUUACCUGAGCGCACUGCAGCAUUCCAUUCGUCUUUCUGGGGUGGAAGACCAUGUGAAGAACUUCAGGCCACAGUGUCUUGUUAUGACGGGUUCUCCAAACUCACGCCCUGCUUUACUUCAUCUUGUUCAUGACUUCACAAAAAAUGUUGGUUUGAUGAUCUGUGGCCAUGUGCAUAUGGGCCCUCGAAGAAACAAAAUGAAGGCUCUCUAGUCUCAAGUUCAUGCAGAUGACUUGAGAGAAGGUGCACAGUAUUUGAUGCAGGCUGCUGGUCUUGGUCGUAUGAAACCAAACACGCUUGUCCUUGGAUUUAAGAAAGACUGGUUACAAGCAGAUAUGAGGGAUGUGGAUAUGUAUAUAAACUUAUUUCAUGAUGCUUUUGAUAUACAGUAUGGAGUUGUGGUCAUCCGCCUAAAGGAAGGACUGGACAUAUCACACCUCCAAGGACAAGAAGAAUUAUUAUCUUCACAAGAAAAAUCACCUGGUACCAAGGAUGUGGUGGUAAAUGUGGACUACAGUAAAAAGUCAGAUCAAGAUACUUGCAAAUCAUCUGGUGAAAAAUCUAUUACACAUAAAGAUGAGGAAGAGGAUGGCAAGACUCCAACUCAGCCACUGUUGAAAAAAGAAUCCCAAGGGCCUGUUGCACCUUUAAAUGUAGCUGACCAAAAGCUUCUUGAAGCUAGUACACAGUUUCAGAAAAAACAAGGGAAGAAUACUAUUGAUGUCUGGUGGCUUUUUGAUGAUGGAGGUUUGACCUUGUUGAUACCCUAUCUUCUGACUACCAAGAAAAAGUGGAAAGAUUGUAAGAUCCGAGUAUUCAUUGGUGGAAAAAUAAACAGAAUAGACCAUGACCGGAGAGCGAUGGCUACUUUACUUAGUAAAUUCCGAAUAGAUUUCUCCGAUAUCAUGGUCCUAGGAGAUAUCAACACCAAACCAAACAAAGCAAAUAUUGCCGCUUUUGAUGAUAUGAUUGAGCCAUACAGACUUCAUGAGGAUGAUAAAGAACAAGACAUUGCAGAUAAAAUGAAGGAAGAUGAGCCUUGGCGAAUAACAGAUAAUGAGCUUGAGCUUUAUAAGACAAAGACAUACCGGCAGAUCAGGCUAAAUGAAUUGUUAAAGGAGCACUCAAGCACAGCUAAUGUUAUUGUCAUGAGUCUCCCAGUUGCACGGAAAGGUGCUGUGUCCAGUGCUCUGUAUAUGGCUUGGUUAGAAGCUCUAUCUAAGGACCUGCCACCAAUCCUCCUAGUUCGUGGGAAUCAUCAGAGCGUCCUUACCUUCUAUUCCUAAUUAUUCUGCACCAUGGACUGACUGCCCUCCAGGAAUGGUACUUCAGUGCCUAGUGAAAGCGACUGAAAUCAUCAGUAACACUUUAAUAUCACAAUGGCGAACUGGGACUUUGUUUCAGUACUUCAUUUAUUUGAAAGCACAUGGAAAAGUUGCUCCAUUGAUAGAUAUAUGGAGAUUUCAGUUUUAGUCUCCUCCAUAUCUCAAUCUCAGUGACUGAUAAUUCUUUCUUGUUGGACUGAAGUUCAUGAGAGUAAAGUUGUCCUUUGCUACUUGAAAGCAAUAAGAGUGUGUUAUUUUUUGAUUGAUGAAAGGAGUACAAAAAGCCUUUAGCCUUGAGGUGCCUUCUGAAAUUAACCAAAUUUCAUCCAUAUGUCUAUGGUCUUUUGUAAAUUUAUAGAAUGUUAAACUUUGCCUUCAGAUAUUUUUAUUUCUGAUCUCUGUCACCUUAAGUGGACACUCCUUUUCAUCUUCCAUUGACCAGUUAGUCUUGAGUACUGCGUGUUUUGUAUUACUUUUGUAAAAGUAUCUGUUGGAUACUAAAGAGGAUUAGGACAAAUUAAUAAAAUAUGUGGGGAGAGUAUCCAAAAAAAAUGGAGCUUAAGGUUAGGUUUAUAUGAGUAUAUGUACAUGUAGAGCUAGGAAAUAGAGGCCCAAAACACCAUUUUUAACUCUCAAGUGAAAUUAUGUGUUAUUUCUUGUAAAUCUUAGAGAAGGGUGAAGAUCUACCCAGUAAUUCCUAUCCGAUGCUGAAAGAUCACGUGUCCUUUUCCAAGCAAACCCCAGAUCAUUUGUAUUAUUUUUAAAAGAUCUGUUCUAAUUUAGAAUUCCUCUCAAAUGUGAGAGGCUUUUAAGACAUGCUAACAGGUGUUUUUGGAAGAAAUUUAGACAAAGAAAUGCCAUUUAAUAGAACAUUUCAAUAAACACUAUGGGAAUUUCACUAUCCUAUGCCAUUCUUUAUUUUAAAAUAAUCAUUAAAAUUUUAUCAAUGGUUAAAUGGACCACUGUUUUCUUAGUGGAAAUGGUUUUAGGCUUAAUUUAUUCAACUAUCAAGUACAUUUAGUCUUAAUACACUCAGGUUUGAACAGAUUAUUCUGAACAUUGAAAGCUAAUCCAUUCUUAAUACUUUAAAACUUUUGUGUUAAAGAAAACUGCCAGUUUGUGCGUUUGACCUUGUCGUCUACUAGUGCACUUGACAGCGUGUAUGUGCUGUCCUGAAAGCUUUAUAUACGGUUUUUAAUGUGAAGUUUCUCAUUUUUCAAGGAAGGAUUUCCUAAACACAUUUCAAGGGAUUUGUGUCUACAUGUCUGUAUGUGUGUAUGUUAAGCAUACACAGGUGCAUAUGUGUAUAUGUAAUGAAAUUUCUGUUGCUGGUGUUUCAAAUAUUCAAGUGAUCACAAUUCAGUAGGUUACAUUUUUUUGUUUGUUUUAAUAAGCAUUCAAGUCAGAUCAAGAGGUUCUAGGUUUCAUGGAGGACAAAGACAAUUUGAAGAUCCUAGUGUAAUCAUACAGUUAUCCAGUUAGGUCCAGUGCUGUUGGGUAGAUGAUCAGAAGUUUCAGUGGUGGAGAACAGACAGACUUCCCUCAUCUUGAGGGAAAUGCUAGAAAGGCAUUUUUAGUGGUACAGUAUUUCUGCUGCAUGAAUAUGACCUAAAUUAAUACCAGCUAGAUGUCUGGUCAUUUCCAUUCAGAAUAUUAAGAAAAUGAAGUUAAGUGAUUUUUUUUCUAAGUUUUUUUUCCUACAUUUUAAUACAAUAUUGUUCCAUUUAAGUUCCGCAGAGUUUGGAGGCAAUAUAAAAGUGUCAUUAUUCAAUAAAGCAUAUCAUGUGUGAAUUUUCUGAAAGGAUAAUAGGGCAUAGGCUGAAUGCUGCUAUCUUGGAAUGUACACUUGCCUUUUAUUUUUAAAGGUUUGUCCCCAUUCAUGAAAACGUUAUUGUGAUCUGUAUUACAGAAACUAAAUGUCAUACAUCAUACAUUUGUGUAUAAAGUGGCUCUGAAUACACAUUAAUAGGGAGGGUAAUAUUGUUUGUGAAAUAAUGUAAGAAGCUUUCCACUUUUAAAAACUACAUUACAUUCACUUAACACUAGAUACCAGGUCAGACAUUUUCAAGGUUACAGCAGUACUCUAAAAUGAAAAUUUUCAACAAUUAAUUCUUAGACAUGCUAGCUAGUGUUAAAGCUAUUUUUAUUUUAUGCUGAAUUCUGAUUACUUUGAUGCCAAAUUAUUUUUUAGUCCUAAUCAUUGAUAAUAACUUGAAAAUAAUUAUGCAGUGGCAAUUUGAACUCAUUGUUAUGAUAGGUAAAAAAUUCAGUGGGUUCAAGAGAAUAUUGGUGUUGGUUAUUAACAGUUACUAAAUCAAAUAUUUAUUUGUUGCAAUGUUUCCUUUGUGCUUUAGGUUUUCCUUUACACCCUUUUCAUAUUGCUUUCUGACAUACGUGUUUUUUUUUUUUUUAAGACUAUGGAAAUAAUUUAAAGAGUUGAGCUUUGGUGGAUGAUUAUCUGCUAAGUUUGAAAAUGUAAUAUUUUGAUAAUACUGUACUGUACUUGUCACAAAUGCUUUUGUAAUGUUUUAACCCUGAGGAUUGCAGUUGCCGCUUUGUACAGAAGUUACUGCAAUAAAAGAAGUGGAGUCAUUCAACCUUUA